AUAGUGUAUUCUCUGAUUUUGCAGUGUUCUUUGUAUAUGUUAAUUGUUAUUUAUGCUAGAAUUGCUAAAUUUAUUUGAACUGUUCUGAUAAAACAGAUCAAUAUGCCUUGCAGAAGUCUAAGUUGCUGUAGAACUUGGAGCCUUAUGAUGGGUUCUAUUUGUUGUUGCUUUCGUAUCAAGGAUCCUGAUCCUGGAGAAAAUUUAGAUACAUCCAGUCAUGGAAACUGCAUCUGCCCUAAGUGCUUCAUUAGUAACUUAUUCAACAAGGUACGUUUAGGGGAUUCCUAUGCAGAAUUCUUCAGCAGUGGCCAAAUGCAUGCCCUCUCUUCAUCCAAUCAGGAGGCAACUUCUUCGGCUCCUAAUGGGGCACCUGAAAAUACAGAAUCUGACACUGUUUUAUCUUCUCCUAGAAACUCAAAAUGUCAUCCAGAGUCCUCAAUUAAGUUCUCUUUGGAAAAUGGGGGAGCUGGAGAUCUCUCUGACUGUGCAUCACCAGAAGAUGAAGAUGAAGACGUCUGCCCCACAUGUCUAGAAGAAUACACGCCUGAAAAUCCUAAGAUUAUGACACAUUGUUCCCACCACUACCACCUUAGUUGUAUAUAUGAAUGGAUGGAGAGAAGCGAGACCUGUCCAGUUUGUUGCCGGGUAAACAAUUUCUUGCUGCUACUUCUUUCUUAG